AUGUCGUCAGUUAGCCACCAUACGUUAUUUCGAAAUAUCAAUUAUAGGUCCGACGCGGAGUACGUGGUGAAAGUCGCAAAAUUUCUAUUAACACCUGUUGGUAUUUGGCCUCUCUACGGUGAUGAUUCCACGUCCAGCAAAAUCAAGACUGUUCUCCAGACGAGCUUAAUAUUCAGCUUAAUGUGUUUUCUGCUUGUACCGCACAUCAUCUACACCUUCUUUGACGCAGAAGACCUGACCAGAUACAUGAAGGUGAUAGCCGCUCAGGUGUUCAGUUUGCUCGGCAUCAUCAAAUUCUGGACGAUGAUCAUCAACAAAAACAAGAUCAAGCACUGCCUGCAACAGGUGGAGAUGCAAUACAGAGAUGUGAAGUGCGAAGAAGAUCGAAUGGUGAUGAUCAGGAACGCCAAGAUUGGCAGGCAAUUCACCGUGAUGUAUUUAGGAUUGUUGUACGGCGGAGCGUUGCCAUACCAUAUAAUUAUGCCACUAGUGGCGGAGAAGAUCGUCAAGGAGGACAACACAACGCAUUUGCCACUGCCGUAUCUCAGCGACUACAUCUUCUUCGUGGUAGAGUCGUCGCCAUUUUACGAGAUCCUUUUUGUUACGCAGAUCCUCUUCAGUACUAUCAUCCUCUCCACAAACUGCGGUGUUUACAGUUUAAUCGCCACCUGCGUGAUGCACGCUUGCUGCUUAUUCGAAAUCGCGCGCAGGCAACUGGAAACAGUAGUCUUGAAUGGAACCAAUAACUUGCACGAAGGAUUCGGCCGUGUAAUCAAGCAGCACCUGCAAGCUCUCAGAUUUGCCGAAAUGAUUGAAAACUCCUUAAACGUCGUUUUCUUAUCAGAAAUGGUCGGAUGUACUAUUAUUAUAUGUUUUUUGGAAUAUGGAGUCUUCAAGGAAUGGGAAGAUAAUCAAAUAUUUGGCACCAUCAUAUAUUUUAUUUUAAUGGUAUCUAUUUUGGUGAACGUCUUUACCUUAUCAACUAUCGGCGAACGUCUUAAAGAAGAAAGCGAAAAGAUUGGAGAAACGUCAUAUUUCAUCGAUUGGUAUACAUUACCCGCCAAAAACAUGAGCAAUCUAAUUAUGGUGAUGGUCAGGUCGAGUCGUCCGUCAGCCUUGACAGCCGGUAAGAUGUUCGAUGUCUCUCUUCAAAGUUUCUGCGACGUAUGCAAAACAUCAGCGGCGUACUUCAACUUUAUUCGAAUGGUAGCGGCAUAA